CUUUCGGUAGACCCUCCACGGUUGUGAAGAUGGCGGCGGCUGCGUGGCUUCAGGUGUUGCCUGUCAUUCUUCUUCUUCUGGGGACUCGCCCAUCUCCAUUGUCAUUUUUCGGUAUAGGACCGGAACCUGUAGCUGCUGCCGACCGAUCGAAGUGGCACAUUCCGAUACCGUCGGGGAAAAAUUAUUUUAGUUUUGGAAAGAUCCUCUUUGGAAAUACCACUAUCUUCCUGAAAUUUGAUGGAGAACCUUGUGAUCUGUCUUUGAAUGUUACCUGGUAUCUGAAAAGUGCUGACUGUUACAAUGAAAUCUUCAACUUUAAGGCAGAAAAAGUUGAGAAAUAUUUGGAAAACCUUAAGGAAAAAAGAGGGUUAUCUGGGAAAUAUCAAACGUCAUCAAGAGUGUUCCAGAACUGCAGUGAACUUUUUAAAACACAGAGCUUUUCUGGAGAUUUUGUACAUCGACUACCUCUUUUAGGAGAAAAACAAGAGGCUAAGGAGAAUGGAACAAAUCUUACCUCUAUUGGAGAUAAAACUGUAAUGCAUGAACCAUUGAAAACGUGGCAGGAUGCACCAUACAUUUUUAUUGUACAUAUUGGUAUUUCAUCUUCAAAAGAAUCAAUGAAGGAAAAUUCACUAAGUAAUCUUUUUACCAUGACUGUUGAAGUGAAGGGUCCCUAUGAGUACCUCACACUUGAAGAAUAUCCAUUGAUGAUUUUUUUCAUGGUGAUGUGUAUUGUGUAUGUCCUGUUUGGUGUUCUCUGGCUGGCAUGGUCUGCCUGCUAUUGGCGAGAUCUCCUGAGAAUUCAGUUUUGGAUUGGUGCUGUAAUCUUCCUGGGAAUGCUUGAGAAAGCUGUCUUCUAUGCAGAAUUUCAGAAUAUCCGAUAUAAAGGAGAAUCUGUCCAAGGUGCCCUGAUCCUUGCAGAGUUACUUUCAGCAGUGAAACGCUCACUGGCUCGAACCCUUGUCAUCAUAGUCAGUCUGGGCUAUGGCAUAGUCAAGCCUCGUCUUGGAGUUACUCUUCACAAGGUUGUGGUGGCAGGAGCCCUCUAUCUUUUGUUCUCUGGCAUGGAAGGGGUCCUCAGAGUUACUGGGGCCCAGACUGAUCUUGCUUCCUUGGCCUUUAUCCCCUUGGCUUUCCUAGACACUGCCCUGUGCUGGUGGAUAUUUAUUAGCCUGACUCAAACAAUGAAACUAUUAAAACUUCGGAGGAACAUUGUCAAGCUCUCUUUGUACCGACAUUUCACCAACACACUUAUCUUGGCUGUGGCGGCAUCUAUUGUGUUUAUCAUCUGGACAACUAUGAAAUUCAGGAUAGUGACUUGCCAGUCGGACUGGCGGGAGCUGUGGGUCGAUGAUGCCAUCUGGCGCUUGCUCUUCUCUAUGAUCCUAUUUGUCAUCAUGGUAUUGUGGCGACCUUCUGCAAACAACCAAAGGUUUGCCUUUUCACCGUUGUCUGAGGAAGAGGAAGAGGAUGAACAAAAGGAACCUAUGCUGAAAGAAAGCUUCGAGGGAAUGAAAAUGAGAAGUACCAAACAAGAACCAAAUGGAAAUAGUAAAGUGAAUAAAGCACAGGAAGAUGAUUUGAAGUGGGUAGAAGAGAAUGUUCCUUCUUCUGUGACAGAUGUAGCACUUCCGGCCCUUCUGGAUUCAGAUGAGGAACGAAUGAUUACACACUUUGAAAGGUCCAAAAUGGAGUAAAGAAUAGGAAGAACUGGGAUUGAAGAUGACUAGUAUCAGGGAAGAGAUCAGCUUCUGUGUCAGUCUUCUACCACUGCUCCCUGGUGUUAAAAAAAGGAGGCAACAACUUCCUGAUCUGUUCCUUGAUCUUGGUGCAUUGGAGCUGGCGAGAGGUGUCAGAACAAGGAGAAUCUUACUGAAACAAGUUCAUAGGAUGAGAAAAAUCUACAAGUUUCUAAUUUCCAACAUGCCCCGAUCCCUCCCACACUCUGACAUGGAUGUUUAUGCAACUUACAUGUGUUGUUCCUGAGUCUUUUAUAAUGUUUCAGUUGUUUAAUCUGUCAAACUAAAAAGUUUAACAUCUUCUAAAGGACUAUGACAUCGAGGUCAUAGUAUGUAAUCUCCAGGAACAAAUGCUUGUGCUUUUUAUUUAUUUAGGGAGUUACAUAGGUGAUGGGGGGAAAUUGUUAAUUAUCUUUCAGUUUCCUAGGAAGCCAAGGUUACAUCUUGCAGAGAUAGUUUUGAGAAAAUACGGGCCCUUCUGAGUUAAGGAGCCAUGAUUCUAGCAAUGAU